CCACACCCGUAGAAGAGGCCCCAACCAUAGAAGAGACCCCACCUGAGGUGGAGGAGGCUGCAGUGGAGGAGGCCCCAGCUGCAGUGGAGGAGGUCCCAGCUGCCCCACCCGUAGAAGAGUCCCCACCCGUAGAAGAGGCUGCGAUGAAAGAGGCCCCAGCUGCAGUGGAGGCUGCCCCAGUUGUGGUGGUGGCACCUGUGGAGGCGCCCAAGAAGGAGUACAUUGUAGUGGUGCUGGAGGGAGCAGCCAAGACUGAUAAGAGGCCCAAAGUCCUGGGGGUCGGCCCCAUGACCGGCAGGAUCAUCCCAUCUCCAGACGAUGAUGAGGCCCCUGCUGCUGAGGUAAAAGGGCAAGCGACGGCUGCUUAGGAUGCAGAUGCAGUAGAACCACCUGACAGUAAGCACUUGGAGCCCCUGGAUGAUAUACAGUUUCUCUACCCUGAGGGAGAAGAGGGGAUGUGCCUUCCCCAACCCCCCUUUCAUUGACCUCUCCACACACUUUGACCUUUGACCCUUGAUAUUGAAUAUUGAUCUGUAGUAUAAAACUUGUCUUCUCGUCUUGGUCUAGGGAAUUAUCUGUGUAUAUAUUCAGAUAAUGCCUGCUUUAUGGAAAAAUACAUGAUCUGGUAUGUUUUUCUAGAUGUACAACACCCCUCAAAUUCCCCUCCCCCCAAAAAAGUCCCCCUCCGUCACACCGGGCAAGCUAAAUUAUAAUAAUCUGGGAAUAUUUGACCAUGGAAACAUUCCUGGUUGACGUCAGGAGAAUGUAACUGUUUGCCAAAGUUACACAAGUUUGCCAAAAUACCUUAGACUAACUAUUGGACUGAAAUAGUUAUAUAUUAACUUAAUUUUGUAGCUCUCCAUUAGAAGCUGGCAGGAACUGGGCCCAGCAGAAUUUGACCCAAUGUGAUUGGUUGACGAUAUGACACAUUGGCUCGCUAGCCUAUACCCUACGUUUUGUCGGGUUGGAAUGCAAUCAAUGUCAAUUCUGAUCAAAUGGAUGGGAACUCUAAAUUGAAAUACGCAGUGGUGGAAAAAGUACUACAUUUUCAUACUUGAGUAAAAGUAAAGAUGCCUUAAUAGAAAAUGACUAAGGUUAAAGUGAAAGUCACCCAGUAAAAUACUACUUGAGUAAAAAAAAUGUAUUAAAGGUUUUAAAUAUAUUUAAGUAUCAAAUAUAAUUGCUAAAACGUAUCAAAAGUAAAAGUAUAAAUCAUUUCAAAUUCCUUAUUAAGCAAAUCAGACAACACCAUUUUCGUGAUAUCCAAUUGGUAGUUAGUCUUUCCCAUCGCUGCAACUCCCGUACGGACUCGGGAGAGACAAGACCCUGCCAAGCCUCACUGCUUCUUGAUACACUGCUCUCUUAAUCCAAAAGCCAGCCACACCAAUGUGUCGGAGGAAACAACUGGUGGCGGAAGUCAGCUUGCAGGCACCCGGCCCGCCACAAGGACUUGCUAGAGCACGAUGGGACAAGGACAUCCCAGCCGGGCCAAACCCUCCACAAUUUAAAUAAAAUAUAAUAAAUAUUAUGGAUAGCCAAGAGCACACUCUAACACCGACAUAAUUUACAAACAACGCAUUUGUGUUUAGUGAGUCCACCAGAUCUGAGGCAGUAGGGAUGACCAGGGAUGUUCUUUUGAUAAGUGCUUGAAUUGGACCAUUUUCCUGCCCUAAGCAUUCAAAAUGAAACACGUACUUUUGGGUGUCAGGGAAAAUGUAUGGUGUAUAAAGUAUAAAAAAUAUACUUGAGUAGUACUUUAAAGUAUUUUUACUUUACACCACUAGAAAAACAGAAGAAAUGUACAUUUUUUUGUGACUAAGUCAGGACACCUGAAAAGUGGCUGAAAAACAGGACUGUCCUGUGAAAAAACGGGACAUAUGGUCACCCUAACACAAAGGGUCAACCUACUAGACUACAAUGUUAAUCACAAUUAACUUUGAACACCGGUAGGCUUACACAUGAACACAUACAGGCUUCCGAAAAAUACAUCUGAUCGAAUAUCAACUUCAAUAGGGUAAAAUAACAAUAGACUACAUCACCAAUACUCAAAUGAUCAUUAUUUUCUCCUUUUAGGGGAGCUCCCCUGUAAUUUGCACCGUGGUCAUGCCCUUGACUAUCCUCCCCAUGCCCUAGUUUACUUCACCUAAGAAACUUCACAAUGGUGUUUCAUAAUUCAUCAUCAUCCAAUGCAAUACUACAUCUGAUGCUUAGCCACCAAAAGUCAACCACUAAUUGCUUCAGGACUGGGCAGGACAAGGUGGGGUUUUGGUGUGACCAGCAUUCUUUAACUAUCCUCAGGUUUUUCCUCGUUGAGCCGAUUCCAAUGUGAACAUAAGUAUUUAACUCUCAAAGACAUAGUGAUCGGAGACUCUCUAUUUCUGAGUCACUGGCUUGUUUUUGGGAGACGAGACACGGUAGACUACCUCGGCAUUCCUCCUCUUUUCCCCCAGCUGAUGAUCCACAGACCUUUUAUUAAUGCAGUCGGAGUAUUAAAGUUGAACCAACCUUCUCAGUUGCAAGACAGACAUGGGAUUAUUUUGGGGGAAAUGAGCAUGAUGAGAGUCGGUCAGGUUUUCACAUUCAGUGAUAUCGCUUAAGCUAGACUAGCAUAUUUCAUGAUAUCGCUAUUCAGCAAUAUUUCACAAGGCAGACAUUUUUGUCUCUUUACUUUCUCCCACACCCUCUGUUGUAGAGUUGUUCUCUCUGUUUCCACACCAUGGCUAUAGAAUACACAGCUGUUGGAUAGACAAUCCAUUUGUGAAGCUGUAUCUGAAAUAGAAAAAAGCCAUUUGUUUGAGUGUAUAAUGUGGUUUCCGAGUCUGGUAUAAACAGUCGUGUGUUGUUAUCAUAUGAAAGUUGCAUUUUUACUCAAGUCAGGCUUGUGUGGUUGCAUAAGUUAAUUCGAUGGCUCAGUAAAGCGUGUUGCUAUGAUUUUGUCUGCUUUUCAAAUGAUAUGACUUAUUAGUUUGUGUUAGAUUCAUGUAUAAAUGUUCAACUUUGUCAAAACCAGUUAAAAUAAUCGGUGGGCCAAUACAAGGCUCUCACUGUACUCUACAGAUUUGUUGUAGAACUAGUUCUUCUCACUUUCCUUCCCUCACUUUAUAUAUUGGAGUUCUUGCUAUGUUUAGGCAUAUUUGAAAAGGGACUGAGACCAUUGAUAAGUGAAUGUAAGCUUAUUCCUAAUUAAGGAGUGGGAUAAUUCAAUUUGUCUGUCCUAAUGUUUGCAGGCACUUUUUGUAUGGGAUAUAUAUGGUACCAGUCAAACGUUUGGACACACCUACUCAUUCCAGAGUUUUUCUUUAUUUGUACAUAUAUUUUUUUUUACAUUGUAGGAUAAUAGUAAUAAAGACAUCAACUG